AUGGGGAUAUCUUGUCAUCAAGUCACUGCAUUGGACCUUGGUGCAUGUGGAGUUCAUCCCAAAAGGAUUGAAGAGAUUGCUUCAAUGUCUGAUUAUGUGAAGCCAUUGAUGGAUUUCAUGGCCUCCCUAUCUGAUGAAGAAAAGUUUGCGUUGGUUGGCCACAGUUAUGGUGGCCUAUGCAUUUCUCUUGCCAUGCAGAGUUUUCCUCGAAAGAUUUCAGUGGCUGUUUUUGUUUCAGCAUAUUUGCCCCAUUUCAAAGAACCGCCAGUAGUUUUUAUUCAAGAGGUGGUCAAUGAGAACUAUUUGAAGAGAACCCCAAUGGAGGCUGUUAUGGGCGGCAAGUUUACAUUUGAUCAAGGUGAUGGAAAUCUGCCAAACUCAGUUGUCCUUGGUUCAGAUUACAUUGCAAAAAUGUAUCAACCCUGUGCAAUAGAGGACAUAGAAUUAGCAAAGAUGUUGGUCAGACCACAUCCUUUCUUUAUAGAGGACAUGGCAAAGGAAUCUUUGCUAACAGAAGAAAAGUAUGGUUCAAUUAAAAGGGACUUUGUGCUCUGCGAAGAUGACCAAGUUGUUGGGGAAAGAAUUUCAGAGGUUUAUGAUCGAACAUAG